UCAACGUAAAACUCUCUUACACAUGCGCGACAUCGGCGGGGACAAUUGCCGGCGCGACGACUAGGGGGGAUCUUCAGAGCGCCGCGAUGAGCUCGACGUCCUCGGCGCUCAACAGCACGUCGCGGCCGAACUCGUCGCCGGUCUCGUCCAGCGGCGCCCAGACGUCGUCGACCGACUCAGGCUCGGGCGAGUCGAUGCGUAGGCGCUUCGCGGGCGGCGCGACGUCUCCGAAGAGCGAGCCCUCCUCCAAAUUGUCGAUCGUCAGCGCGCGCUCCAGCGGCGGCGGCGGCGGAAAGUUAGUGCCCUCGGCAAACCGCACGGACUUUUUCGGCGCGGCGACCGGCGCCGGCUCGGUCUUUUCCUUGGCCGGCGUGGCCGGCUCGGAGACCAUAAAGUCGGAGCAGUCAGCAAAUAGGGUCUGCGAGCAGCUAUUCUCUCUGAGGAGAGACGGCCGCGAGUACUGCAGCCGCUUUGGUGGCGACGACGGCGGCGAGAUGGUCCGCGGCGUCAUCGUCACGACGCAGUUCGGGCUGGUUGUACGUGCUGUUGUCGUCUGGGGCGACAGCGGCUCGUCCGCGGCCCCGCUGUCCUCGGGCAUCGUCACGACGCGAGGACGAAGCCCGACUUUGAGUGUAGCCAUUAUUGAGCUCUAACGCGGCCUGCGGCGUCUUGUCGCUGUUGUCAGUGAGAGCGGAGAGCACCACCAGCCAGGAAACCCUCGUGGAGGAGCGUUGUCUCUUUUUGUUCCGCAGAAGCUACGUUCAGCAGCCAAAAACACACGCUGCGCCGGACAAAAAAGUUGGGGCGGGAAGAACCCUCUCCGUUCCGGGAUGGAAACACGUACGGCACCUUUCCCCGCUUCUCUGCGCAAACAGCUCGACGAAUAGAGCUCCGACCGAAGAAACCCACACUCGAGAGAGAGA